CGCGCGCGCGCCCUCCUCCGGCCGGCACGGUGAUGAGCGCCAAGAGGCGGAAAGUGCGCGUGUUCGUCCGCGUCCGGCCCGCAGAUGACUUCCCUCACCACAUGCUGCGGUUCGGAGCGGACAACAAGACCCUGGAUAUCCACAUCGAGAAAGACAGUAGGCGCGGCCUAAUCAAUAACCAGCAGACGGACUGGUCAUUUCAGGCGGAUGGCGUCCUUCACAACGCCUCCCAGGACGCCGUCUACGAGGCCGUGGCGAAGGAACUGGUGGCUCAAGCGAUGGAAGGCUACAACGGCACCAUCAUGUGUUACGGGCAGACGGGAGCUGGGAAGACGUACACCAUGACGGGAAUCUCGGAACAAUAUCAGGACCGCGGCAUCCUCCCUCGAGCUCUGCGACAGGUGUUCAAGACGUCCGAGGGGCACCCCUCGCUGUCCAUCAGCGUGAGCGUCUCAUACAUGGAGAUCUACAACGAGACCCUAGUAGACCUGCUGCCCACCGUGCCCACCGAGGCCCGGCCGGGCGGAGCGGGCAGCCCCCACGGCGUCCUUGUCGACGGACUGUCCGUCCACCGGGCCCACCGCGAGGAAGACGCACUCAACCUCCUCUUCGAGGGCGAGACCAACCGGAUCACCUCCUCCCACCCGCUCAACAAGAACUCAUCCCGUUCCCACUGCAUCUUUACCAUCUACGUGGAGGCCCAUUCCCGGGAUCUGUCGGAGGAGAAAUACGUCACGUCCAAGAUCAACUUGGUGGAUCUGGCGGGAUCCGAACGGGUGGGAAAGACUGGGUCGGACGGGCGGGUCCUGAAGGAGGCCGCCUCCAUCAACAGAUCGCUGUCCUUCUUGGAGCAGGCCAUCGUGGCACUGGGCGAGCGCCGCAGAGAGCACGUGCCCUUCCGCCGAUCCAAGCUCACCCACGCCCUCAAGGACUCACUGGGGGGAAACUGCAAUACGGUCCUGGUGGCCAACGUCUACGGCGAAGCCGCUCAGCUGGAGGAGACGCUCUCCUCACUCCGCUUUGCUUCCAGAAUGAGGUUGGUGACCACCCAACCCACCGUCAACGAGAAAUACCACCCUGAGCGGAUGGUGAAGAACUUGGAGAAGGAGCUCCUCGUGUUGAAGCGGGAAUUGGGCGUCCAGAACACUUUGGCCAACCGCAGGCCCAUCGCCUACGACCCCUUGAACGAAGCCCAGAUAGCGGAGAUCAACGCCCAAGUGCACCGGUUCCUGGACGGAGGCCUCGACGGCAUCGAGAUCAUCAACGUCCGACAGGUCCAGGAGGUGUUCAACCAGUUCAAAGUGAUCUUAAGCCAACAGGAGAAAGAAGUGGAGUCCAAGCUGCUCCACAAGUACACGUUGAUCGACAAGAACGACGAGGCGGCCAUACUGGCCGCCCAGAAGGCCGGCCUGGUGGACGCGGACGGCCAGUCGCUGGUGGAAAACGAGAGCCAAGGGGUCGUGCCCGUCUCCAACAAGCCGGGGAGGAAAAUCAAGGGCAAGAAAGGCAAGGAGCUGCCGGCCAGCGCCUCGGGCCGGAAGGAAGGAUCCGGGAGCCCCGGGAUGGCGAAGGAUCCGGACUCGGCCUCCCUCUCCAAGGCCCAACCGAGCCCGACGUCCAAAGAGCCGGAGGUCAAGGAGCCGUCGGGUCGGGAGCCCGCGGUCCCCGAGCUGGGGCCGGCAGAUCCAGCCCCCAAGGACGAGGCCCACCAGCCCAGGCCGAGCACCCCGCCGCCGAAGCCGGAGGCGUUCGAAGAGUUCAAGGCCGAGCGCGGGAGCGAGAUCAACCGCAUCUUCAAGGAGAACAAGGCCAUCCUGGGUGACCGGCGGAGGAGAGCGGGCCGGGCCGCUCAGCACAUCAACGACCUCAAGCGCCAAAUCGACGCCACCCAGCACGCGCUGGACGCCCAGAAACGGCAGCGGGAGGAGCAAGGACAUUUCGAGGCUGAGGGGCAGACCAUCAUCGACCAGGAGGAAUUUUUGCUCCUGGUGAAGCUGAAGGAGAUGAAGGCCCAGUAUCGCAAGGACUUCGACCUCCUGCGGGACCUGAAGGCCGAAAUCCAGUACUGCCAGCGCCUCGUGGACCAGUGUCGGCAGCGCCUGCUUGCCGAGUUUGAGAUCUGGUACAAGGAGUCCUUCCUUAUUCCCGAAGACGUGCAGGCGGCCCUGGGCCAGGCGGGCGCCAUCACGCCGGGCAUGGUGCCCACCAACAGAAUCCUGUUGCUGGACGAAGACCACCAGGACAGAUACGAACAUCUGCAGGAAACGGCCCUCCCGGGCUGUCCGGACUCCAUCGCUUACUACAGAGCCAGAGCCAAGGUCAAGAACAAGCAAAAUUACACCAGGGUGACGACCAGCCUCCGGUCGAUGAUGCCAACGAAAUCGGGGGUCACCCCAGCCAUCCUGAAGGACAGGCCCUCCCCCCUCCGCAUCGUGCCCUAGCGACCCUCCGUCAGCGCGCCCAUUUCCCGGAGGGAAGGCCAAGUCUGGGGUCCCGGCCUUAUCUGCGUUUCGUUCGGGCUGACAAAAUAAAAUGCAGCGCGUUGUGUUUCCCCUC